UGGAUAUACUCUGUUCAUUUUAGUUUAUAUAAGAAAAAUGGUUAUACCAUUUAAUAAACAACAACAAAUCCAUGGUCGAUAUCAGUUGUUAACGCCACAACCAGUGAUAAAGCAACUUCAACAUGAUGCAGAUGACACAAGCAAGUACGAUGGUACACAAUAUGCAACAUUUAUUAGAUCGUUGGGAACCAAUGAGGUUAAACCACAAGAAAGAUUAAGUCGGCCUAAAGCUAAGCCUUCAGUUCUUAAGCAGUCAGAAACAUCUAAUAACAGCAGAACUGGUAGAAAAACACCAGAACCUUCUUAUAUUAAAGGCACUCAGAGUGCCCCUCCCAGUAUAUACAAAAGUUUAAAAACAAUCAACCAAAUCAAAGUGAAAAACGAGAAGUCCCAUCAGAAGAAAAUGAAAGCCAUUGAAGACUAUAUGUUUCACUGCAAGCAACAGGAACGUGAACUGAAACGUGUUGAAGGUGAUAUACUGAAAGAAGAAAGAAAUUUAAAGAAAGCUAUGAAAGAAUAUGAAAAAGAGAUAUAUGACGAUCAGCGGCAGCAGGAAGCCAUGUUAAGUUUAGCUACAAAAGAUGAGGAUCUUAUUAAGAAAGAUUUUUACAAAGAAGAUACUAAGAUUAUGAAAGAUAAUAUCAAUCGAAACUUAAACAAUAUUCAAAAAGAAAGAGAGGAAGAAAGCAAAUCUAUUGAUAACUUAAAUGGUCUUGAAUUUCGUUUUGAGAAUAUUGCUGAGGCGAUUAAUCUUAAAAGAAUAGAAGUAAAUAGUUUGGUGAAGGAAUUUGAAAGAAAAGUUCGACAAAAAGAGGAAGAAGAAUAUAGAUUAAAGAAAGAAUUUGCAAACAUAUCGUUAGAAUUACGCAUGGCAGCACAAAAACAAAAAGUACAGACUGAAAACACUAAAAAAAAUAAUUUGAAAUCCAAUGAAGCUAACCAGAAUGAGCAGAAAAGAAGAAAUGAAAAUUUCCAAGAUCAACUAACUUGGCAGAAAAAUCUAGCCAGUCAAGCUGAACGCUCAAGAAGACGUUUGAGUAAAGAUCUUCAUGCCACUACUAGUGAGAUGAGCAUGCAUGAACGAGAGGAUGGCCGACGUUUGAUGGAUGUCAGAGCGCAGCUGAACACAAAUGCUUUAAAACAAAAAGAAGCAAAAAUAAAAGCUGAACUUCUUGAAAUGGAAAGAAAAGGAAUAUUAAGUGACGAAAAGAUCAUGGCUGUAAAUGCUCGCCGAAAAGCGAUUCAAGAUAUGCUGACUCAACAACGUAAACAAAAAAAUGACCAAUCAAUGGACGAGUGGAAACAACGAAAUCUUGUUGUGAAUCAUGAGAUGAAGAAACAUGAUUUAGAAGACAGUAUAUCACAUUUUCAAAAAGCUGUAGCGAAACAGGAAGAGCUGGAACACUCUUUAUACAAUCAGGUGAGGUCAUUGGAAGCAGACCGUAAAAAACAAGAGCAGAUUGUUGGGAGGUUGAAAGAAGAAUUGUAUGAAACACAGAGAAUGAAUAAAGCUUUAUUGAGGGAAACAGCUUUAAGAUGCAAAGAACAAGAAAGCGAGUUACAACAGAGAUUACAAAAAGAAGAAGCACAACUUGGGAAGGCUCUGUCUGAACGAGAAGAACGCAUUCAAACUUUAAUAAAAUGUCGCGAUUCUUCAAAAGAGGAGAAACAUAUGUUGGAAGAAGAAAAAAAGGUUCGUGAUCGAUUACUUCGAAUUGAAAAGAAGUCAGAUUUACUGCGUCAGGAACAAUAUGAGAAAGCAUGUUAAAAUUAGUGACGAUGUGAUCCAAAAACAGAAGUGUUUGGUCUUGCUAGUUUGUAUGCAAAAUCGGAGUUUGAAACAGAUACACGUGGCGGAGUUUUACGCAAGAGUUGAAAUGAGAAGUUAAUGAAAUUCUCUGAUUUUAUUUAAUAGUCAGACAGAAUUUUGAGGGAACCUCCUUGUAACAAGAACUUCUCGAUUUUACGCUUCAAUUAAGUGGUGGAAAAUAGUAAAGAAUGGUUUAUUUAAGAAAGAUAUUUCUAUGGAUCUUUUACAUGCAAUAACGGACACUGUAAAGCAUCCAACUUACUACGUAUAUCCACUUUGUAUAUUAACACUGGGUAUAAUAUCCAACUUACUGCGUAUCUUUUUUAAUUUUCAGACGCAUCUUAACGUCACCCUUCGCAUAUAUAUUUUUUUAACAUGUAAAAUCAUAGAAAUUUAAAAUUGUUGAUAUGGUUGAUUAUUUAUUAAAUAAAUUAUAUUUUUUUCAGUGUAAAAGAUAAAAUCAAUUUUUACAUCGAACUAUAUUUUGAACAGAAUAUUUAUUAUGUGGGAAAACCACAACUGGCGUUAUUUGAUACAUUUGUCACGGCAUAUACUUUAUUGGGAGAAAUUAUCGCGUUUAGACCGUGUCGCUAUUUGUUAUUUCGCAGGGAUUAUAAUUUUGCGGUUC